GUGCAACCCUUACCACACUGAUCUCCAGAACUUUUUCAUCUCCUUUUCAUCUCUGUACCCACUGAACAAGUCUCCAUUCCUUCUUUCCUCUAGCCCUGCAGCCACUGCCCUGCUUUCUACUUCUACCUAAUUUCUUUUUCUCAUGGCCUUGACAUUUUAAAGAAAGCACAGUCCAGUUAUUUUGCAGAAUGUCUUUCAAUUUGAGUUUAUCUGUCAUCUCUUCAUGAUAGAUUCAGGCUGAGUAUUUUGGGCAUGCACAUCACAAAAGUGAUGCUGUGUCCUCAGCUUUAUCAGGAGGCAGAAAGAUUCAGUUUGUCUCACUUCCGGUCAAGUUAAUUUGCUUACUUAGUUAAGGGGAUGCAUGCCAGGUUUCUCCUGUGCCUUCUCCCGAUAUCUCCUGUGAAGUUACCGUUUCCUCUUUGCAAUGAUUAAGUAAUCUGUGGGGAGAUACUUUAAGACAGGAUGGAAGAUGUAUGCUCUUGAGAAAGUCACAUAUCUUUUCCAGGAAUAAGUUUCCCCAAUCUGUGAAGUGGGGACUGAGACAUCUUAAACUUGAGUGAGAGUUUAAGAAGUGAAAGUGCUGGAGAGGCUGGAGAAUCAGCAAGACCUUGGCAAAAAUAUACAUGUGCUGUGAAUUAAUAUUCUGCACGGGGCAAAGUGCGGGGAGAGACUGCUGGGGCGGGGCCGAGAGCGCGCGCGUGCGUACGUGUUCUCCUGCGCGUGCGCUUGCACAGGGGAAUGACCACAGAGUCGGUCCUCCAGGGACAGACAGGCCGGAAGUUGUCCUCGCGAAACCCCAGGCUCUUGGGUUGGCUGAGCUGAGGUGGCGCGAACGGCGUCCGUGGGCCGCUUGGCGUGGUAGUCGUGACAGCGGGUCGGUGUGACGGGCUCCUGGGUUCUGGGUGGGGACAAUGGCGUCUCGGGCAGGCCCGCGAGCGGCUGGCACCGACGGCAGCGACUUUCAGCACCGGGAGCGCGUCGCCAUGCACUACCAGAUGAGUGUGACCCUCAAGUAUGAAAUCAAGAAGCUGACCUACGUGCUGAUCAUAUGGCUGCUGCUGGUUGCCAAGAUGAGCGUGGGACACCUGAGGCUCUUGUCGCAUGAUCAGGUGGCCAUGCCCUAUCAGUGGGUACCCUAUUUGCUGAGCAUUGUGCCCUCCCUCUUGGGCCUCUUCUCCUUCCGCAACAACAUUAGCUACUUAGUGCUCUCCAUGAUCAGCAUGGGGCUCUUUUCAAUCGCUCUCAUUUAUGGCAGCAUGGAGAUGUUCCCCGCUGCCCAGCAGCUCUACCGCCAUGGCAAGGCCUGCUUCCUCUUUGGUUUUCCCGCCGUCUCCGUCAUGUAUCUGGUGUUAGUGCUGGCAGUCCAAGUGCACGCCUGGCAGUUAUACUACAGCAAGAAGCUCCUAGCUUGGUUCACCAGCACACAAGAGAAGAAGCGUAAAUGAAGCCUACCUGAUGGACUGCUGUGUGAGGUGAAGCCAAGCUCCCAUCCAAUGGAGUGAGAGGUGGAGGAGCUGUUCUAAAAUCUUCUUUGCUGAUUUGGCAGCUGCCAUGUUGGCAACUAGUGCACACUAGACCAAGUUCUGGAAAGCCCUUCUGUUGCCAUCAGCUGGUGGCAAAACUACAUUUAAUUUAUUCCUAGUUGGUGGAACUGGGUGAUCCACAGCUGUGAAACAAAUUUCAGCUGGUUGAAGUUGAGGUCCUUCAGGGCUUUUCUUUUAAGACUGAGCUUUAUCCUUGCCUGUGGGUCAUUCUCCACUUCUAUCCAUGACCUCUUAGCCACUGAGACUAAGGGAGAUAGGGAAUAAAUCAGAUUUUCUUCAAUCUGUGGAUCAUGGGGCAGAAAGCAUUUUGAGCUUGUCCCCUGAAUACUGGUCUCUACUGUGAAGCAUUUUAAUUGAAAAGAACCUCAAUAAAGUUACAACUGCCUUGUCCA